AUGGGGUUGCACCAUCGUGGAGAAAUUGCGGGACGGGCGUUUUCGAAGGAUGGUCUGAACGUCGAAGUCAAUGAUAGUGGCAGAAAAGAACCGGCAGCCACGCAGAACGGGCUUGGGGACAGAAUGUCCGCCAAGAGGAGUAAGGUGAUACUCCCUGGCGAGAUGUCCUCCGAGGAAGAGGGGAGCACGGGCCCCGAGGUCAACGAGGUUGCUUUGGGUCUGCAAAAGGAAAUUGCAGACCUGAAGUGCGAAAGAGCAGCCAUGGCACAGCAAUUGGAGUGCCAGCAGCUGCUCAUCAAGCAACUGCAGCAGAAGCUAGCGUCGCUGGAGGAGACGGUCCGCGCUGGGCCGCCAGCAGUACAGCAGCAACGGAGACACCAACAGCAGCAACAACAAGAACAGCAUCAGCAACAUCAAGAACAGCAUCAACAACAUCAAGAACAGCACCAACAGCAACAACAGGAGCAACAAGAAGCCCUCGCAAUGGACAUCGUGGGAUCGCCUGCAGCCUUCCCUGAGGUCAUCAUCGAUGAGGACCCCUUCAACUUUGUCCGGAGCCGGAAGAGUUAUAAGAAAAGCAAGACAAUGUCCCAGGAAAAAAUCAAUGCCUUUGUCGAAAAAGACUUAGCGAUGCUCCUUUUUGCUGAACCCUCUUCUAGUUAUAGUAAUGAUACUGAAUAUGAUGAUACUGAAUAUAACGAUGAUGAUAAUGAUCUUAAUGAUUUAACAGACAAAGACUACCAUUUGACCAUUUGUAACAAACUGUCUAAUAUUAGUUUCUUUAAAUUCAAAUUUUAA